AAAGUGAGGCAGUGGUAUGACUCAAUAAUAAGUAAUUCCAAUCAGACGCGGUUCUUAUUUUCGAGUAGUGUAACUCGGCAUAACUGCUGUUGACAAGAGAACUGAUUCGCUAUAUUUAAUUUAAUUUAUAUUUUCUAAACGUAGACCUCCAGAUUAUUAAAGCCGGUGCAAAUUUUCCCAUAAAUUUGUUGGUUCCGUAAUCCAGCGCGAUCGGAGUGUGUCUUAACCUCAAAUUCUGUAAAUUGAUUCUCGUAUUAAUUUAGUAUUUUGAGGGAGAAUUAUACGUUUUCACGGACACUUUCAAGCGCGAAGAAGACUCGAUGAGUGAAACGAGCGAGCCGAGUGACAUCGAGACUUCUGACAAGCAAGACGACAAGGAUGCGGACUUCAACGUGGACGACUAUCGACACGAAAUCGACAGCGACGACUCUUACAACGAAUUUCCAGAAAGCGAUGUUAACGUGGAGAAUGAUAGUGCUCAGGGCAACAGGUACAUGGGCCCGGUAAUCUCUGGACACAGAUUUGAUAAGAAGCUGAUAUGCGUCAAGUAUCCAGGAAAUGUAGUUAAUGUCGAUAAAGCUAUUGAAACAUUAGGUGGCAUCAGUGCUAUUUCUAUGACUGUAGAUGUUCCAAAUAGAAGGUUGGAGUUACGAUUCAGACCUGACGAUGGCUAUUGCAAACCUACCUGUGGAGACAGACACGCCACAAUCGGUUUCUUGCUCAGAGUUAGGGUAAAAAAACGUAUGGUGAGGCAGAUGGAAGCUGCUGGUACAGUAAUAGCUGCAAGUCUAAAAGCCACUACGUCUCGGAUUAAAGAUUGCGAUACUAGUCGCGUACACUGUGAUAUUGGGACUGCCAUGGGGGAAAGACGUGCGGAUGAAGCUGAGAAUGUGCCUGCAAAUGAGAGUACGGAGAGGAAAGAGAACGCACCGCCUACUUUCGACGCUCGUGGAAACGAAAAUUUGUCUCGGGAUGCGGACUACGAGCUACCGCGGUUGAAGGUGCUGGGGAGGGUUGAGACCGAGUUCAAAUUUACCAAUCUGUGUGACUUUCAGUACGUACCCAUGACGCAGAGCAGGUCGGAUCCGAGGAAGUUGGAGUGCAUAUACAGCAUGAUAUACCCGACUGGCAUCCCGCCUUACGCCUGGCUGAAGAACGACGUCCCGUACUUCUUGCCGCCCGCCGCGUUCAGCAGAAUGGACACGGUGCAGCAGUACGUGCCCAAGACAGCGGUAGACUCCAGCCCGGAGAACAUAAUCGGCAAAAGCAAGAAGUGCCAGGCGGGCUUUCCCAACUACAUAUACUUCUCCACGGCGGACGUACCCGCCGCGGCGCCGAGGGGCAUCGAGACCGCUAUGAAGGUGAAAUUCCUGCACAAGCUGCACCUGGAGCAGGUGCGCCAGCUGUUCGAGGAACGGCCGAUCUGGUCGAAGAACGCGAUCAUGCACAAGACGCAAUUCACGUCCGAGCAGCUGAAGAUACUGCUGCCGUCGGUGGCGUAUUACUUCAUGACCGGCCCGUGGAGGAUCAUGUGGGUGAAACUGGGCUACGAUCCGAGGAAGGACAUCAACGCGAGGAAGUACCAGACAUUGGAUUACCGGUUGAAGGCUAUGCACGGAUUAGGUUCGACCGUCCGAUGCAAGAGGAACUAUUCGAAUUAUACGUUACCGUACAAGUCGACGCCGGUUUCUAAGCAGAAGUCCGUCGUACUUACUGCGAACGUGAGCCAGGAACAAAAUCCAAAGAAAAAGCGGCAUCUGCACGAGAACGUGUACAUAUAUCGCGACGGCAUGGUACCUCCCUCUCGGCAAAUGUUCUAUCAGUAUUGCGACAUCCUAGUAGCAGAAAUACAAGAGAUGCUGGCGAAGCUUCCCGAUCCUUUACCCGGUAUAAAGUGCCACGAGAAAAGGGGAUGGCUGCCGACUGGCUUCGACGUGCAGUGCCGAGAGAUCAUAAACAGACAAGUGCGCGCUGUACUGAGAAAAAGGAUGAACAUUCCUGAAGACCAUCCAACAUCGCUUCCACGAAAACGAAGACGUGGCAUUAGGUUAAAGAGUAAUAUGACGAUUAAAAGGACGAAAAAGAAAAAAGCGAGUUCUACGGAGAUUCAGUCGGACGUUACCUCUACUUUAGGUUAAAAAACGGAAUGCAAUUAAUGAGAAUGAUUGGAAUGCCGUGUUGUGUUGUGUCGUGUCGUGUCGCGACGAAUGAACGAAAUAAACAGAAGUGAUAUGU